UUGCAUUGAUGAGUAAGUAAUAAUGCGCGACUAAUGAUCUCGCAAAGGAAAAAAAGAAAGAUUUUAUGGAGAAGAAGAAGAAGAGUGUGGCUUCGAUCCCGGACAAUUACGUAUCCAUUCUUCAGCUUCAGGAACGUUGGCUGAAAGAGAAAGAGCGGAAACAGAAGAAUCCAAAGUACUCAGUAGAUAGAGGAGUGAAGGCGAAGCAGCAGGUUGAUCAUGGCCAGCGAAGAAGACAAGAAGAAAAUGUAGUGACGGCCUCGAAGCCAAGUGUGAAGCCCGAGGAAAAGGGUUUAGGUGGAGGGUCUCUUAUGCAUUCUGCUGUAAAUCGUUGUAAUAAAGAACCAAAAUGCGUUAAGAAAGAUGAGCUUAAGGGCUCUGCAAAUGUGAGCAACAAGGAAGAAGAUAGAGGGGAUCCGAGGGAGAAAAAGAAGAGUGAUCCGACGAAAGAGGACACCCGGAGAGUUUUCACGGCCAAGGGAGAGCUUGCUGCUAAGGAAGAAACCAAAUUUCAGGAACGCUGCUGGAUCAAGAAGAGAGUAGAAGAGGAAGGAGAGACUAAAGAAGUCAAGGGACCUGCGAGGCUGACUAGCGGACAAGGUUAUAGCCGAAACCAGAGACAUGGUUGGUCGUCUACACGUGUUAUUAGGGCACCAACUGGGACUAUGGUGUGGGUGAAGAAGGGUAAUAACGACGGGGAUGCCGGUGAAAGUGGCGGCGUAUGAUUUAUUGUUUAAAGGUUGGAACUUUGGAUCAUCUGUUUCUUGUAGGGUCUUAAGAGUGUCGAAGCUAAAUAAAUAAUGUGUUAAUUUAUCAUGGUCGUCAGGUGUUGUAGGAUCAUUAUAACUCUCCCAGAAGCAUUAGGUCGUCUAAGUCUAGGGUUUGUUUCAUAUCUUGUGUUAACUAUUCCUUUGGGAAUGAAUUGUAGUUGGUGUGUGUAACUGGUACCAAUUUAAGUGAUGCGUGUACACAGAUGUAAGUAAUUCUGAGUAAGAUUACGACCUAACAUUGGUUUUUGUUUUCA